CAUUUGGCAACAUUGCCUAUACGUCUGUUGUUGUCAAAAUUGAAAUGUCAUAUCAUGAUGGAUUUGCUUACGUUUUACUGAAUUUUGCAAGUUCUGUAUUGUCUAAACAUAUAGUGAAUUUUCUCGGCAAACAAUAUUAUUUUUAUAAUGGAUGACAGAGCUGCUAAAUUGGCUUUAGCUAGAAAAAAGUUAAAAGAUCACCAAGUGAAAAAAUCAUACACCCAACAAAGAGAUGUAAAUUGUCAUAAUAUACCAGGGUUAAAAACUAAUCCAGACAAUGUUAUGCCACAUAUAAUAAACGAGGAACAAGUUCAACCUAUGUUUUCAACUGAAAGUCGUAAUGAUAAUACUAUACAAAAUAUCAAUUCAGAAGUUGCUGACACAAAACAGACAAUAGUAAAUUCACCAACUUUAACAGAUAGCUUAAAUGCUACAGAAUUCCUAAUAUCAAGCAAGAGAAAUCUUGAAAUACAAGUUGAUAAUUUACAGUCAAAAUUAGCAGAUUUGCAAGAUAAAUACACAUUAGCACUAACAAACGAUAAUGCAUCUAAACAAAUUAUUCAAAAUUUAGAAAGAGACCUCAGAAAUAUUGAAGAUAAAUAUAACCAGAUUGGUAAAGAAAUUUUAGAGAAAAAUGACACUAUAAAGGAACUUCACACAAUGAAAACAUUGUUGUCAGAUGAAAAUAGCAACUACCAAGAACAGUUGGAAUUCACAAAGAGCAUUUUGACCGCCAAAGAAGCAGAGAAUAACUCUCUCCAUAGCCAAUUAUUCAAUCUUCAAAAUCAAUUAGAGGCAACACAGCUUCAACUGCAGCAAUUGACGAAUGGAACAGUCUUUAAUUUAUGCAAAAAUAAAACUGAUGAGACUCAACAAAACGAAGUUUUAAUGCAAAAAAUAUUAAUAUUAGAACAACAACUUAAAGACUCUCAAAAGGAGAGGAAUCAAAUCAGUGUACAUUAUGAACAUUAUGUCAGUGAAUUGAAUGAGCAACUUAAGUCAGUUUUGGAGAAAAAUGAAAAUCUCAGUGCUGAACUUCAAUACCUAGCAAACAGAGAAAAUAGUUUGAUUGAACAGAUAAGUGAAAUGGAAAUUAGGUAUCAAAAUUAUCAUAUCCAACCAAAAGCCACUGCUGACGUCACACCUGGCAGCAAUGAUGAAUUACAAGAGUUACAAACUAAAUAUGAAGAAAUCCAAAACCAUUUUCAAGCAUUGAAUAUUAAAUAUAAAGAGCUUGAAAAGCAGUGUAUAGAGAGUAAUGAGAAAAUCAAAGAAUUAAGUCAACACAAGGAUACCAGUAGUGUGCAAGACACCAUCAGCAUUUCAAAAUUAAAUGCAGAUAUAGCAAGUGACAAAAUUGCAGCCCAAAGAGCAACCGAACAGAAUAAAAAACUCAAGCAAGAUAUGCAAGGAUUGGAAGAUGCAUAUGUUAAAAUGAGUAAAGAUAAAUUAGAUUUAACGGAAAAGUUGACAGCCGAAAAAUAUUUAAACAGGCAACUCACUAUAAAAUUAGCUGAAAUAGAAGAAAAAACUAAAGAUAUGCAAGUCAAAUUAAAAGCUAAAGACGAAGAAAUGAUCAGAUUACAAGCUAGUUACAGAAAAUUAGAAAAGUAUGAAAGUUCUCAGACGGAUAAACUCGUAGACAACUAUACUGAUAAUGUUAUCGAAUAUGAAGAACUGAAAGAGACACACUCUCACAACGAGGAAUGUGUAGGUCAUCAGUCAGAUGGCAGCGAGGAGAAAAUGCAACGCUCUGACGUUAUGACGCCAGAAAUCUUGUGUAACUCCGGUUCAAGACAAAGUCCAAAUAUUGCAAGAGAAGACGCAAUGCAGAAACUUCAACAGCGCUUUUUAAAAAUUAUGGAGGAAGUAGCAGAUUUAUCGGAUGAGAAACACAGACUAGAGCAUAUAAUACUCCAGUUACAGAAUGAAACUGAAACAAUUUGUGAAUAUGUAGCUUUGUACCAACAACAGCGCAGUUUAUUAAAGAGGAGAGAUGAAGAAAGAAGUGCUCAAAUAAAAAUAUUUGAAGCUGAAUGUGAUAAACUAAAAAAAGAAAUAGAUGAGUUGACUUCUAUACUCGUAAAGUUAUCGCAAGAUAAGGAUUUAUCGCACUUCUUAAAAACAGAUUCCAAAAAUAUUGAUAUACAAAGAGUAAUGAAUUUGCUUUCAAAUUUACAAAGCAAUUCCUUAAUUGACCCCCAUAAGAAAAAUGUAGACUUUAAAAAUUUUUACCCAUGUAAUUGUUGCUCUGGAAAACUUAUCGAGGUAUAAGAAAUGUAAAUGUAGGGCAGGAAUUCAAGAUACUAAUAUGUAGCAUUAGUUUUAUGGUUCUAAUAAAUGUUUGUUACAA